GAAAAGCUUUAUAACCGGCUGUAAACGACUGUGAUGUCUCUUUGUUGAUUUUGUUUGGUGCUCGGAUGAGGUCGAUGACAGUUAUCAUGAAAAGCGCACGUAGCAUGAUGGGCAACAUAGUUUUGGGGGCAGUGUAUAUUUUCGUUUGGUCUCACUGCGUCGUGUUUGUGAUCUCUAAAGGAAUUACGAGACGAUGCACGGUGCAUGAUAAACCACACUCGGGUGGUAUCUGUGGCUCACACUUGGAUGAAGCGUUAGACGCUCUUUGCAGAUUCGGUUUCGCUCAAAGAAAGAGCUUUAUUAAACGAUCUCUUCAACAAAUGCCACCAGAUUUUCUAGAUAUGAGUGCAAAGGAUUUCUACGCCUUAUACAAAACAAGUGCCCAAAACACCAUCCAACCGCUUUCGGACGUCGUCAUGAGCAAGAACGACGCUGUCAGCUUCUUUAACGACAAGCGUGGUGGACUAUUCAACUCCGGCAUUGUUUGUGAAUGUUGUCAGAACCAGUGCCAGAUCCGGGAGCUUCAGAUGUACUGUUUGAAGGACAAUUACGGAGGCUUUGGUCGAUAAAAAUAUGAAAUGAUUCAAGUCUCCCGUUUUAUAAUACUUAUUAUACAUCAAAGUGUUUUUGAAGGAUUUUUUUGUCGGACUUGUUUAGUAGAAUAACAUAGACAAAUUCAUUGGUAUAACUAAAACGGUAUUUUAUAUAUCAUUAAAACGUGCAGAUUUCUGUAUGAUAUUUUGUGCAACUCGUUAUGACGUCACACAUGUUUUACUCAUUUGUUUGCCAACCAAUGAAAAUAACUAUCUGUAAACUAUUUGAGACACGUGCUUAUCCUUUCCUGCCAGUGUAUCUGCGUUCGUCGGUCGGCUAAUAGAAUAUUGGACAUUUUAUUGAACAACAUUAUUUUUUUUUUAUCUAAGAACAAUAUAUUGGCAGGAAGGUUAAGGCGAUUGAAUUGUAUAAAGCAUUCUCUGAUCUUCACCACUAGACCAUGACUAUACCAUAUGUAUUUGUCCUUAAAUCCAUCAAAAAGGUAUAAGAAUAUUUAAACAUCAUACCAUUAAUAUAUAACAUUCAUAUUUUCUUACAAAAUAUUACACAGUGUAAUAUUGUUAUAUAAUUGUUACUGAUUUGAGUUAACUGUUAACUCCAAACUGUUUACGUUAAAUACAGUUACCUAUAUUUAGAUCAAUAACUGAAGAAUAUUGGUAUUUUGUAAAAAACAACAACAACACAUAAUGGUUGUUAAAUCGGAACAUCUCGGCCAUACGCCAAACCUCGGAUGUGUGCCGGUGUAUAAGCGUAAAAUUGAUGAUAAUUAUAUUAAUUAAUUGUAGUGCUUGAACGUGUACCUUUCAUUACUAAAUUCAAAUUGAUUCCAAGUGAAGAGCAUUAUUUCAUUAAAAUUCUGGAGAGUACAGUUUCUAUGGUUAUCUGCAAAAUUGAAAUUACUACGCGAUCUACGUGCAUCGUAGUUAAAUGUAAAGAAUUCAGACAUUGUUAACAGUCCAUAUACACCCGAAGUAGUUUCGACGGAAAAUGGCCGAGGUGCUCCGAUUAAAUGUUUGUUUAGGUAUAAAUUACACAGUAUUACUCCUGGGUUUGCUUUGUGUUAUACUGUAUUACAUACCUGAUUAAAAGUAAAUUGGAGAAUAAACCAUACAUUGAUUAA